UAAAGCGCCUGCGCUGCUCCGCCGCUGCUCCAUCGUACUACCCCCCAAUCUCCCACAUUUUGUUUUUCCUCACUGUUUGUGAUACCCAUGCCCACGGCGACAGCUCAGUUCGCUUUCCAACAUAGCUCCUCCAACAUAGUUCCUCCAACACAGCUCCUCCAGCAUAGCCCCUCUAACAUCGCUCCUCCAACAUUGUUCCUCCAUCAUUGCUCCUCCAUCAUUGCUCCUCCAUCAUUGCUCCUCCAUCAUAGCCCCUCCAUAAUAGCUCCUCCACAACACUAGAUACCUAAACACAUAUAACCGCGCUAAUUUCGUCACCAUGACCUCAAAAGCUGUCAACCGGCCCACGGACGUCAAGGUCAAGGAGAGGGACGUUAACAAUAAGCUUCAGCUCUAUGGCAUCUACUCUGCAUUCGCCAGUGGCAAGGUUCCGUCUAACCAACAGAUCGAUGUCGCGCUUAACAGCGCGUUGGCCUCGAAGCCCCUGGCCUCUCCGUCGAAACGUCUUUCACCAGACGGACAAACACUUGUCGCCGACCUGCGCCAGGUCAUCGAGAACGCCAAGCUUCUCCUCCUCAGCAAGAACGACGGCAAUCUUCUACAGGACUUCAUCUGGCAGACACAGCAGGUUUCCGCUGCCGACGCCAAGGUUCCCGGUGCGCCACUGGACAAGGACACGGCCAAGCAGCAUGGAAACGAGGCGCUGGAAGGUCUCCGAACCUUGGGCACUCUCCUCAUCAGCAACGGACAGUUUAGGAAGCUUCUGAGUGAUGCGAGCGUUCUGCUUCGAGACAUCGCCGGAGAUGCGGCCACCAACACGGCGGCCAUGGUGAAGCCGUCUGAGGAGCAGCUGGCACAGAUCGACAAGCCUGCCGACGACAAUACUUGGCACGAGGUUCCGGACUUGAGCAUGGGCAGCAUUCAAAGUCAAAUCAAGGCCAAAGUACCCUUUGGAAAGAAGGACGCCCAGAUGGCCGCCGGGGACGUCUCUGAAGCUGCCCACCCCACGGGAUCUCGAGACCCUACCGACACUGCUGCCCUAGUCGCGCAAGAACAGCAGGCAGGCGCGCCACAAGGUCUCAAUUCCGAUGCUGCAGUUGGGCAAGUGCAGCAAGCAGUGUCUAAGAAUCUGCCGGAGGAGGAUAAGAACCGCAUGAAAGAUCAGCGGGAACGUGCGCAAAACUACCUGAAGGGGAAGAUGCCCAAGGAGAGGCGCGAGCAGACCGUUUGGAGACUCAAGAAAAUGGUCGUUGAAGUGCAGGGACACUCUGAUUAUCUACGAGCCAUUGAAACAUUACUUCGUCUAGCGGAGGAAUACGCGGGCCAUAGUAGGGACAUGGCUACUCAAUCUAAAGGAACAGUCAAAGGUGCCCACCAAGACGAUGCGCUUACUAAUGCAGAGACUGACUUACGGACGCUUCUGGAACGAUUCGCCAAUAGCACCUCGUUCGAUGAUCUCAUCGACUCCAUCAACCAGAUCUACCGCGACGCCGACCGUGAUCCCGAACUGAAGAGCUGGUUCAAGCAUAUCGACGCUUACGUUCGCAAGUGCUUGAAGGAGCAGGGCUUUAUUAUGCAAGAUGUCUGCAACGGUGAAUGGAACGAGAUCUAUGACGAGGGCCACCGCCUUCUUCGUGAGCGUUAUCGAGGCCAUACCGACCGCAUCGUCGAUGAGUUCAAGUUCCUCGGGCAACAAUUUGAUGAAGAUGCCCAGAAUAAGGCUUUUGCUCAGAGCCUCACCAAAUUGUUUAACGACCUUGGCCAUGACGCGUCGGGCAAGCCCGUGUUUAAGCCCCAUCUUCUGAAGGAUUUGUCGGAAGUUAUCCUUCCAGCAUUCUUCGAGAACAUCCGCUACAUUCCGAUCCCUAGGAUUGAAGUCUCCGAUCCCAUGGUUGACGCUGUGGUGGAAAACCUUGUGAUCGAGGGGGAUAACCUUGCUCCCAAUGUGCUCGAAUUUGGCUCCGAUAAUUACUGGAGGUGGGGACGCAAGAGCAUUGCCAGCAAGAACAAAAACAAGAUGAUGUUGAGCGUCUCUGGCAUUCAGAUGGACCUGAGAGACGUCAGUUACUAUGUCAAGCGCAAGCAGGGAUUCCCCUCCGUCACUGACAAGGGAGUUAUGGAUGUCUUCAUGGGUGGAUCUGGAUUCAGUUUCAAAGUUGAGCUCGAGACUGUCGAUAAGUCUGACAAGAUCCACUUCUUCAAGAUCACGAAGGUGUCUACCGAUAUUAAGAACCUCCGGAUUAAGCUGAAGAAAUCUAACCACAAGCUCUUGUUCGGCAUGUUCAAACCCCUUCUGCUAAAAGUGAUGAGGCCAGUUAUUCAACGUGUUUUGGAGAAGCAGAUUAAGGAUUCAGUCAAUCAGUUGGAUGCCCUUCUCUUCGACAUCAAGAACGAGGCAGAGAAAGCCGUAGAAGACGCCAAGCGUAAUCCAGACCCUCAAAACAUCCAGAACAUCUACCAAGCAUACGUUACGGCUAUCAACAAGCGUAUCAUGCAGGGCAAGGAGAAGAAGGCCCGGAUUGAGGAGCGCACCAAAGAUACGAAGGUCAACAUAGCCGUCACCCAGCAUGACUCGAUCUUCCAGAGCAUCAGUCUUCCUGGAGGCAUCUCCAGCAAAGCAACUGAGUAUAAAGACCUUGCCGCUAAGGGUGAGAAUUGGGAGAGUCCAGUAUUCUCCAUUGGUUCGGCGAAGGAGACUACCAGCCUUCCAAAAAUCGCAGCCAUCACCCGCAAACCACAUGGUCGGCAGGGUGGGUACGAAUCAACCCCUUCCGGCGGUCAAUCCAACGGUUUCGCUGGGCAGGUCGACAGUGCGUUCAACAGCGCCCCUAAUGGAGUUGUGGGUGCAGCUGAGAACUAUAACACCACGCUUGGCAAUCAAAACCCCGUCCUCCAAGGCUCUGUCUAAAUUCCCUACCACCAAAUCCUGUCUAGAAUGUCUCGCCGCUCCUGAGGUUUGUCUGGCUCCCCGUAAUGACCUAAAUGCCGACAAUUGCGAUGACUUGUACGGUGGCUGCCAACGAAUCUCUCCUCAUUUUCUUACUUCCCGCGUUGUAUUAAUGGAUGAUACCACGGUGCGCUGGGGGCGCAAAAGCAUAUUGGUAAAUGAUGGCUUCCUGGACUUUGGAAUGAUAGACAGUACACCCGUAAUGAGGAUGUCGAGACGGUGAGGGAAGAACAGUUGAGUGAGGCAGGUAGCACAGCAAUACUGGCGUGCGAAAUUGUGUAGUCAAUGAGAAGAAAGUCAAUGAUUUCUAUGCCAGACUUUCGUCGAUUGUGAUAGAGAUUCAUAGAUGAGAAUGUUCGCAAUUA